AUGACAAUGAAAUACCUAAUAACAGGAGCAACAGGUGGUCUCGGUGGUCAAAUCUUGGAUUAUUUUAUCGCUAAAAUCCCCUUUUCUGAAUUUGCUGCUUCCUCUUCCAGCGCCGACAACAGAUCCCUGUUUGAGAGCCGGGGAGUCAAUUUUCGUCAUUUAGAUUAUGAAGAUCCUGCCACCCUUGACAGAGGCCUAAAUGACGUCGAGAAUUUGCUUUUCGUGAGCACUAAUGCAAACGUGAUCGACGACGAAAAGGUUAAGAGACAGCACCGAAAUGUUGUGGACGCUGCCAAGAAAGCCGGUGUUUGGUACACCUCCCUUCCAUUUGGUGGGCUCACGAACGAUUCUGAGGUUUCAGUCCAACGCGCCCAUUUGGCCACUGAGAAGAUCCUUCAGGAAUCCGGACUUACCUUUACUUGCAUUCGUGAAGGAAUUUACGUUGAAGGCUUCCCGCUCUUUCUCAACUGGUACCCAGAGACGACCGAUAUCACUCUGCCGGAAGAUGGAGAGAUUGCGUUCACGAGCCGUACAGAGCUUGCUGAGUGUACAGCCCGUCUCAUGCUUGAGGGCGGGUUCAAGAACAUGACGAUCCUCCUUACAGCUGGGGAAACGAUCACGGCAAAGGAACUAGUAAGCCUGAUUAAUGAAACUACGGGCCGUCGCAUAAAGCUCCGAUUUGUGUCACCGGACGAUUUUGUGCACCAAAGUGUGCUCCAUGAUAAGCAGGGAAGGUCUAGGGUGUUUUUUGAGGUUCUAGCUUCGCUAUGGAAGUCUGCUGCCUGCGGAGAGCUUCGAGCAACGGAUGGUUUAAUGCGGGAGAUUUUGGGUAGAGAUCCGAUAACACCGCGAGAUGCAGUGAGACAGAUGCUGGUAGAGAAUAGGGACUAUACCUGGCAUCAGAACUAUGCUUCAAAAUGA